AUGCUUUUUGCUACAGAAAGGAAGAUUGAGCUAAGUGUGGCUCUGUACAGGCAUCUCCUUGGCCUUCAGGAGAGUGAAGGCAGCCUGAACCAGCCCGCAGCUGGAAAGGACCUGAAUCUUCUGUGCUGUGACAUUGAUCCGGUGUUGAUUGAGAGGGCUCAGCAGUGCAGCCCCUUUCCUGCCUCCAUAUCCUUUGCCAACCUGGACAUCAUGGACUGCAGUGCCAGGGAGCCAUUCCUGAGCGCCUACCUGGGCCGUUUUGGCCGUUCCACCUUUGACAUUGUUUUUUGCAUGUCUGUGACCAUGUGGAUCCACCUGAAUCAUGGGGAUAGUGGCCUGAUGGAGUUCCUGUCCUUCCUCUCCUCUCUGUGCAAGUACCUGCUGAUUGAACCUCAGCCGUGGAAGUGCUACAGGGCAGCCGCACGCCGCCUGCGGAAGCUGGGCAGAAAUGACUUUGAUCACUUCCGAUCUCUCGCUAUCAAUGGGGAUAUGGCGGAGAGGAUAACCCAGAUCUUAACGAAGGACUGCGCCAUGGAGCUGGUGUGCUGCUUUGGGAGCACCAGCUGGGACAGAAGUCUCCUGCUUUUUAAAUCAAAUGGCUCAAAUCACGAGGGCAGGGAGUCUUCAGAACAGGAACAGUAA